AUGGCGCAACCCACCAAACUACAGCAGUUCCAAACCGAGCUCAACAGAAAGUCAUGGUUCGGAUUUGACCUCGAUGACACUCUACACGAGUUCCGCCGCGCCUCAUCCGCCGCAACAAACCAAGUCAUCCAAUCCAUUUCUCAACGUCACGGAACUCCAGUCCAGUCUUUGAAGGAUGAAUAUUCCACAAUUCUCCGGGAGAAAACGUCGAGCGCGUUUGCAGAUGGCAAGACAUCGAUUGAAUAUAGACGGGAACGAUUUUCAACCUUGUUAGAGCGAUUUUUCCUUCCUCUGGAUGCUGCUUUCAUCGAGCAACUCCUUGAUACGUAUGAGAAAACCUUGGCGGAAUCCUUGAAACUCAAGGAUGGGGCGUUGAGUCUGCUGUCGAUGCUGAAGAAGUCGGGCAAGAAGGUGGCGGUCAUAACAGAGGGACCGCAGGACGCGCAGGAGAGGACGGUCAAGCACCUAGGCAUCGCUGAUCACAUUGACCUUCUCGCCACGACGAACUUCUUCGGAGUUUCCAAGACUGAAGGGCUGUUUCCGAAGGUUUUGGACCACCUUGGUAUCUCGGCUGCGGAUAUGGUUUAUGUUGGGGACAACGCCGCCAGGGACGUGGUACCCGCGGAGAAGGCCGGUAUUCUUUGCAUACAUUACAAUGAGCAGGCUAGGACUUCGUUUGAUGAGUUUCCCGCCCGCCUGUGUGCUCUGGGAGAUAUUGAGAGCAUGUUAUUAUAG